AGCAAGGUCAGUCGCCCUUUCUGCUGCCACACCUCAACUUGCGCGCCAUGGCUGCUGAAGGUCUUCCGCUGGGCGUGAAACUGCUGGCGUUUGUCCUGACGUUAUGCGGUCUGUCGUCGGCGGACCGGUCAGUGCACUUCCGAAGUGCGGUCAGCCGCAACGCAACGGGCCACUGGACCGUCAGCUUCCUCCUGAAGUCCAUCCAGAUUACAAAUUGUACGAUGGAAUCGGAUAUUACAAAAUGCACAAAAGAGGGUCAUUCUGGAAUGAAGCAAAUGAAACAUGUCGCAACGAAGGUGCCCAUCUGGUUGUCAUCAAUUCCAAGAGGGAGGAAGACGUCGUCAAAGGCAUUGUAAAAGACAGUGGAACCGAAUGGGCCUAUAUUGGAUUGUACCGUGAUGAUAAAGAGGAAUUUAGAACCGUUCUCGGUGACUCUCUCAGCUCCCUCCGAUAUCAGAACUGGAACUCCGACCAUCCCAGGUAUGUCUCGGGCGAAAACUGCGCCAGCGUCAGCUACGAAGGAGUCAUCGACGACGACAGCUGUCGCAUCGAGAGGUACUUCGUUUGCGAGGUGCCGCUCUAGCCCACCCACCUCCACUCGUCGUCGUCGUCGUAUUCUCGCACACAGUACUGUCUUCAAGCGUGUGUAAAACAUGUUAACUUAAAUAAACUGUUCUAAUUUCAUUAGAUAUAA